UUCCUCAUCAUCUAUGAUAAAGCUAUCCACUUAAAAUUAAGUCUAUUUCCUAGAAGGUUGACCAACUGAUUCAGAAAUCCAUCAUGGGAUCGUCAGAUUGGGACGCUCUGCGGAAGCAGGCCCGCCAUCUGGAAAACGACAUCGACCUGAAGCUGAUUGCAUUCAACAAGGUCGGCACUGGCAGCAGUUCGCUCAACUCGGCAGCGAGCUCCCCAUCGGACACCUCGCCACUGCUGGGUGACCAUGUCUUCGAAUCACUUUCGCUGGAAAUCGAACAGAUGCUGGACAAGUUGUCCAAUAUCAACGAGAAGAUGGCCGAGAUUCCCGGCACUGGAGCGGCCGUCAUGCAUGUCUUGCAACGGCAUCGGGAGAUUUUACAUGGCUAUCGACAGGAGUAUCUGAAGAUUCAGGCCAAUCACACAACCCGAAUGGAACGCGAGGAGUUGCUGCGGGGGUCUGGCCUAGGCGGGACGACGUCUCUGAGUUCCCCUUCAACAUCCGGGUUAAGUCGGAGGGAUAUGUAUCUGAAGGAGAACACACAUCUUCACAAUUCAAGUUCCAUGGUUAAUGAUCAGAUUAGCAUCGCAAUGGAGACUAAGGAACAUUUAAGCUCCCAGCGGCAGCACAUGAAGCGCUUCCAGACCAGAAUGCACGAUAUUUCCAAUCGAUUCCCAAUGAUUUCUAGCCUCAUUCAAAGAAUUAACAUUCGCAAACGAAGAGAGUCACUGAUAUUGGGAGGCGUGAUUGGAGUGUGUACGAUUCUUCUACUGCUGUAUGCCUUCCACUGAUCGGCACGAACUUUCGGCUCUUGGUGCAAACAUUUUUUAUUUUCGAAAAAGCUAUUUCGUCAAUACUAGAUCAUUGUUAUGUAUUAGAUGGCAAUUAUCUUCUCUCGGGAAAAAAAAAAACCAAACCCAAACUAACUGAGGCAUUCUUCAGCAGUAGACGAGGCGAGGGAACUGCAUCGAUGACAGAGAAUUAUUUGUGGUUAUUUUAUAUAGUUAGAAGUUUAAAGAGUAAUCGAAACCGGUCAAAGCUUUGGUUAGCGAUUUGACUGGCCACAAUAUAUGUGUAUUUAUCCGG